CCCAAUCCUUUCCUCUUUAGCAACAUUUUUGUGGAUGUUUGUUCAUAGUGAGACGAGUUCCAGACAGUCUGUUGCUGAACAGAGACAUAAACAAAUACUGCAAAUUCGUCUGGAGAAACAGUAGCACUGCUAACCACAUGAAAUGUGGCAGAGCCAAAGAGAACUACAGAUUCGAGAGCUGCUUCGGCGUGAAUAUCCCAGAUGAGCACCUAAAUGGCUGUGCUGUUUAUCCCCAUCCUGAGCAACCAGUCCCGACAGUGCUGAGGCCAGAGGGGACGGGAGUUCCUGACACUGACUUCCUGCUCUAUGUGUUCACUCACAGCACAGAUAAAUGCAGAGCAGAGUCUAGUAUACUGGCUUAUGCUGCUCACUGUCAGGCAGAUUCAGAGGGGCGUCCUCUGGCUGGGACUAUGGUCAUCUGUAGAGAGCCGCUCAGUAUGGAAAGAUACACACAUGAGCGCUAUGUGCAGACUGUGAUCCAUGAGCUUUUCCACGUGUUGGGCUUCAGCAAAGAGCUCUUCAGCCGAUGGAAGGAUUGUUCUCUCUCCUCUCAGGCUGGUGUAGACUGCUGGCCUUAUGGUCAGGUGAUCAGCACAGAUGAGAUGGGGCAGGUUAGACUCUAUUCUCCUACUGUGAUCAGAGCAAUGCAGAAACAUCUCAACUCUACCCAUGCUGACCUUGGAGCUCCAUUAGAGAACAAGGAUGUUGGUUCAGAUGGUCUCUCAUCACACUGGGAGGCCCGUGUGCUUCAGGGCUCCAUCAUGGCAGCUUUACUGGUGGAGCCGUCUCUGAUUCGCAUCGAUCACAUCACACUCGCUGCCCUCCAGGAUACAGGCUGGUAUUCAGUGAACUUUAGCCGAGCUCAGAGCCUGGUGUGGGGAGAGGGUGAAGGCAGUCAGUUCGGGUCCCUCUCUACCUGUCACAAUUCUUCAACUUUCUUUUGCACAGACAGUGCAUGGGGUUGUCAUUACCUUCACUUCCACAAGGGGGAGUGUCUCACUGAUCCGUACCUGGAUGGCUGCCACAUUUUCAAACCCUUGGCAAAUGCUAGUGAAUGCUGGAACAAGGAGAAUGAGAGGAGUGGAAUGAAUGAAGAAAGUGGAGAGAUAUAUGGCUCAGACAGCCGCUGUUUCAUAUCCAACCUCACCAGACCGAAUCAUUCAUCCUCAUCCCGUGCAUCAGUGGCAGGUCACUGUUACAGACACAGAUGCACUGGAAGAAACAAAUAUCAAAUUCAAGUAAAGGAUUCUGAUUGGUUGGAUUGUCCAGCAGGCAAGAGUGUUGAGGUGUCUGGUUAUCAGGGAUUCAUUUUCUGCCCAGACAACAGAUUAUGUAAAUAUUCUGAUUUAGCUCCUCCUACAUCAAGGCAAAAGGCAGAUAACCUUCUUAACAUUAGCGCAUCCAUUGAGAGUGAUCAUGAUGUGAAGGAGAAAGACGCCACUCCUCAUCCCAACCUCGUGCCUCUCUCCUCAGUCACAAUGUCUAAGCCAGAGAUCAUUGUGGCAACAGUGCUGAGCAUCAUGGCUGCUUUCUCUCUACUGUCUGCUGCAGUGCUCAUCUACAGGAAGUGUUCAUCAGCCAGGGUCAGAGUACAUGCCACCAAUGAGCCUCCAUACAGGUCAUAG